GGCUCCGGCUCCCCAGUCGCCGGCACAGACUUGCCCCGCGAAAAGUGGCCACAAUGGAGCCAUGGGCGGCAUCUUCGGUAUGGAUUUGCCUGGCGGCGGAGGCCUUAGCGGAACUCUCGGCGGAACCGGAGGCAGCGGAAGCUCUUUCAACCUCAGUGGCAUCUUGGGCGGAGCCGGAGGCAGCGGAGGCUCUUCCAACCUCAGCGGCAUCUUGGGCGGAGCAGGAGGUACCGGAGGCUCUUUCAACCUCAGCGGCCUCCUUGGUGGAGGAAGCUCUGGCGGACUCGGCGGGCUUUCAAGCGGCGGCUUUGACCUUUCCUCCCUCUUUCCUGCCGGGGAUGAAUAUCCCAAGGGCCCAUUCCUCGUCUCCGAUUACCUCUCUCCCGGCACCGGCCCCUAUCCGGCCGGAAUCAUCAAAGACGCCGGCCUGGAAAACCACACUGUCUACGCUCCCUUGGGGCCGCCGCCAGCUGAUGUCAAGCUCCCAGUAUUGAUCUGGGGUAAUGGUGGCUGCACGUCCGCCGGCACGCCAUACGGAGCGUUCUUGACCGAAGUGGCCUCGUAUGGCUACGUCGCAAUAGCGAACGGCGCGCCGGGACCAGCUCCUCCUGGGGUCAUGUCGGAUAUGUUCGGUGCGAUCGACUGGGUGGUUGAAGGUAACGCGGCUCGAUUUGGAAAUGUCGAUACGGAUACAUUUAUCACCGCCGGCUCGAGCUGUGGUGGACUGGAAGCGUACUCGGCCGCGUACCAGAAUCCGAAGGUCAAACUUACGGUGCUGUAUAAUAGUGGGCUCUUGGACGAGUCGAAGACGUGCCUCCUCAGCGAGUUGAAGGCUCCCGUGGGAUACAUCCUUGGUGGGCCAAAGGACAUUUCCUAUGAGAACGGCAAACGCGACUAUGAGAAUCUUCCUGCUGGCCUUCCCGCGUUCUACGGCAGCCUUGACUCUGGUCAUAUGGGAACUUUCUUCACGACCCACGGCGGCAAGUAUGGAGCGGCAACAGUUGCACUCUUGGAGUGGGUUCUAAGAGGAAAUGCGACGGCGAAGGCUAUUUGGACUGUGCCAGAGUCUAAGGGAAGUUUGGUCUCUCAGAAUUGGAACAUUACAUAUAAAAAUUGGGUUGAUUAGGUGCUCUUGAGACUGAGAGCUUUGAACAUAUGAAGAAAACUCAUUGCUGGCAGUAGGAUAUACUUAUGUUUUUAAGGGUUUGGGGGUAACGGGAGUUUCAAACGGAAAUCAGCGCUAUAUUAAAGUACUCGAUGCAACGGCGCUAAACUAUAAACGGAAAUUCCUCGAU